AUGGAAGCUCCUGUCAGCAUCACUGUAGCUAAGAUAAAACUGGAGCUGUCGAAGACAACCCUAGAGGCCAACUGCAAGCCAAUAGUAAGAGUCAUCAUCGAGUGCAGGAUUUACCAAGGAGAUGCCCUGUCCCCGCUGCUGUUCUGCAUUGGCCCGAACCCCCUCAGUAAGAUCAUCACCAAGAGUUGUACUCAGUCCUGGGCCAGAGAGAGGUUUCAGCUCUGGAUCAACGAUCAAAGAUCAUACCAUGUGGUUUACCCCUACAAAUACCACUUCAUCCUGGACCAGUUGGAGAAGUGUGGGCAGCAUAACCCAUUUUUGGUGCUGAUCGUUCCUGUGGCACCUCACCACAUGGAAGCACGUGCUGCCAUUAGAAAGACAUGGGGAAAUGACAGCCUGGUCCAAAAAGGAGUGGUGCUGGUUCUGUUUCUACUGGGCUUACCAAGUGGGAAACACUCAGAAGCUCUGCAGGCGCAUGUUCAUCAGGAGAACAUGCACCACCGGGACCUGCUGCAGAGCAACUUUAUAGACUCCUACAGGAACCUGACCAUUAAAACCAUGGUGAUGCUGGAAUGGCUGACAGAACACUGUCCCCAUGCACACUACGCAGUGAAGGUGGAUGCCGACAUUUUGCUGAACAUCAAGGGUCUAAUGAAGAUGUUGCGGAGCCCCUACGUACUUCAGAACAACUACAUCACUGGCCAAGUGUGGUAUAACAACAUUGUCAUCAGAGAUCCAGCCAACAAAUUUUACAUACCCUUCAGUGUGUAUCCCCACUUUGUGUAUCCACCUUAUCCUUUGGGCAUGUGCUACAUAAUGUCUAUGGAUCUGCCAAAAAAGAUUCUGCAAGUGUCGAAAGAAAUUAAACCCAUAUUCAUAGAGGAUGCAUAUAUUGGCUUGUGUCUUGAACGACUCCACAUAGCUCCUGUAAACCCUCCAAACCCUGCACAGUUUGUGGUCAGCCCACCAUCAUGGUACAGUCGCUGCUACUAUGCCAACCUUAUUGCUGUAGUCACAGACAACCCUGAUGAGCUGGUCUAUUACUGGAAAGAUAUUACCAAGUAUGGCAGUCUGUGUUGA